GGACAUUGCCCCGCCACUCAUUCCGCCAUGGGUGUCCUGAACACCUCACUCCUGCUCGUCACCCUCUUCCUGGCCCUGCCCGCUGGGUCACAGGCCAACACACAAUACGUUUUCAACUUCGAAAAUGAUCUCGAGGGAUGGAGUUCUUCGCGUGAUUCGUGGAGGUGGGCUGAUGAGUCCAUCUUGCAGGGCAACACCAUCCCGAGUGGCUACUACAAGGGCUUUGCCGUGAUGGACAAAAAGUUUACAAGUGGUGAGCUCUACACGACAUACUUCACCGCUUCUCAAGGCGGCAACUUCACCAUGAAAUUCUAUCUCCGCUCACAGUACCAUUUGUCCAACACCUUCAAGGUGUACACCAAAACUAGAUAUAACAUAGUCAAGCUGUUCCUUGACCUUAAGGAGUACUCCAUGCCCACCACUAACAGCUGGACCAUCGUGCAGAAAGAACUUCCAGCUGAACCUCAAGAUAUCAUGUUUGAGAUCUUAUGUUACAACGGCGACAAGGCCCCCGCGGGUCAGCCUCUCUUGGGCUGCGCUAUUGAUCAGAUCAUCUUCGAGACGUACAGUGACUCCACCACAGCAGCCCCAACCACAGCGGAACCCACCACUGCAGCCCCCACCACAGCACCUCUAACCACAGCACGACCCACCACAGCACAACCCACCACAGCACAACCCACCACAGAACCUCCACAAACCUCCACAGAACCUCCACAACCCACCACAGAACCUCCACAACCCACCACAGAACCUCCACAACCCACCACAGAACCUCCACAACCCACCACAGAACCUCCACAAUCCACCACAGAACCUCCACAACCCACCACAGAACCUCCACAACCCACCACAGAACCUCCACAACCCACCACAGAACCUCCACAAUCCACCACAGAACCUCCACAACCCACCACAGAACCUCCACAAUCCACCACAGAACCUCCACAACCCACCACAGAACCUCCACAAUCCACCACAGAACCUCCACAACCCACCACAGAACCUCCACAAUCCACCACAGAACCUCCACAAUCCACCACAGAACCUCCACAAUCCACCACAGAACCUCCACAAUCCACCACAGAACCUCCACAAUCCACCACAGAACCUCCACAAUCCACCACAGAACCUCCACAAUCCACCACAGAACCUCCACAAUCCACCACAGAACCUCCACAAUCCACCACAGAACCUCCACAAUCCACCACAGAACCUCCACAAUCCACCACAGCAGCCCCCACCACCGAACUUCCCACCACAGCAGCCACCCCCACAGCACGCCCCAUGACAACAGUCCCCAAUAUCGAACCUUCCACCAUAACAGCUCCUACCACAGCUCCCCCCACCACAGCACCUCCCACCACAGCAGCCCCCGGUGGACCCAUAACCUUCAACUUCGAGUCCGGGAUGGAGGGUUGGUCACUGGUGCACAUGAACGAGGGCGCCUUCCGGAGGGUGCACUUCGAGGACGCUGCACACAGAGUCGGUCCUCCCCCAGACGGUCCACAGGUUCUGCAGGUGUUUGCCGACAAUGUGCAGACAGGCACGGUGGUGGCGAGGAGUCCCCGGCUGCAGGCUACCAAGGAUGAGAUGAUGAUAGUGAUAAGAUUCUGGAUGGACGGAUCGCAAGACUUCCCCGCACAGCUCAAACUUCGCCGCCAGUUCAGCUACGAUGUCUUCGAAGAGGAGCCCGUUGUGAAUCUGGAUGCCUUCGGUGACCAGAUCAACAAUGUGUGGUUCAAAUACACCAAGUACAAGAAGCUGGAGGAGGGCGAGACUUUCUACCUCUUCAUUGAGGCUUCUCUCGGAGGCGACAUGAAGAACUCCGUGGCCGUGAGCAGCAUUCAGUUGGACGGCGUCAAGAUCAUCGAGGACAACGAGCCGAUGCUUUUCGACUUCGAGGGUGGACUGACAGGAUGGACAGCAGGGAAGAACGACGGAGGCAUCUGGGAGUUGACCACAUGGGAGAAACUGGAUCCUUCCCUUAACGUGCCUAAGCCAAUAACGGGAGAAAAGUUCCUGAUCGCAUCACGCUCCAGCAUCUACUCUGGCACCAUCACCCUGGAGUCGCCCAUCAUGGAGGUGAGCCAAGGGACCAAUCAGCUUCUGAAGUUUCAAUUUUACCUGCGCGGCACUGUCACCUACCCCGUGGUGCUCCGCAUCCGCAAGAAGACCCCGGACGGCACCUACGACGACCUUCCCUUCAUCGACCUGCGAAAGUAUGGCAACGUGGACUACCAGCAGUGGAUGAGACUUGAGCACGAGAUUGAGAUUCCAGUCAACCCAGAAGACACCCAGUACCAGCUCGUGGUGGAGGUGGACCUGGGGUCGAACCUGGGCAACGUGGUGGCUCUGGACGACAUUCAGGUGACGCAGAUAAGACGCAGAUAAGACGCCCCGCCAGGUGGUGCGUGACGAGACCAAGGGCAAGGACAUGCAGCUCUUGUUUCUGUUACUCCUGUGUUACUGCUUUCUUUUGCACAUGAGGCACGUAACAAACCUAGGGAGAGGAAGAUGAGCUCUCGUGUCUUGUUAUUCCAUUUUUUUUUCGUAAAUGAUGCGUGUAAUAAAACCAGGAAUCGAUGUUCAUCUUUUGUUUCUGUUAUUUCUACUUUUCUGUCGUUUUUAUAAUAGAUCAUGUGUAGAACAAACCCAUGAUGAUUGUUGACCUUUUGUUCGUUAUUCAUAUUUUUCAGAUAGGUAGUAGUUGCCUUUAUUGUUUGAUCUGUCAGUUACCAAUGUACAAUUUCUUGUCACGAUGUCAGUAUUAACUAAAAUAGCUCAUCUGUAAAUAGUAAGGAAGGUGAUGAAGUUAAUAGACGAAAAUGCAAUAAUGUACAAUGAACAGUGAAGACGACUGAGACAUUUGUUGUGCAGCAUCUCGGAGACAAUUAAUAAAUGCAGCUCUUUUCAGUGCCUUAGUGACAUCUUUUGACUUUCCUUCAGUCAAUGCGACCUGCUUGUACUUCGCAGUAUUACAUCAUCAGCAGUGGUUUUAGGAGCAAGAGGCUGUCAUACACACACUGCCGGUCACUGUCUUGGCGCCUGAUGACACGUAAUAAACAUAAUACAAAGAAAUAAA